CGGCAUUACUCACGUGUGCACGCCAGCGUCAACGUGGAAGAGCGUGUACCUUAUGUUCCUUUACAAAAUAUUUCGGGCACUUAGUUCAGCGUUACGAAAAUACGUUCGAGAGGUGACACGUCGAAGGUGAAAUGAAUCCGUCGGAAUCGCAGCAGAAUCUAUUCGCGAAUGAGGCGAGUACGUCGUCGGUGCAAUCAUUACAGGCACCUAUUGACUAUAUUCUCGGCCCGGUUGAGAAGCAUUUCCUACUCAGCGCGGAACGAGGCGAUUGUGCCACUGUCAAAAGAUUGAUCGAGGAGAACCAAGACCACCCUGAAAUACUGAACAUCAAUUGUGUCGAUCCGCUGAAUCGAUCGGCGCUCAUAGCCGCGAUCGAGAACGAAAAUGUUGAACUAAUAAAGUUACUGCUGGAAUUAGGAAUCGAAGUAAAAGAUGCACUCCUGCACGCCAUUAAAGAAGAGUACGUGGAGGCAGUGGAGAUCUUGUUGGAGUGGGAGGAAAAAAUACAUAAGCCGGGACAACCCUACAGUUGGGAAGCCGUGGAUUCAUCGUCGAAUUUCACACCCGAUAUAACUCCAUUGAUCUUAGCGGCUCAUAAAAACAACUACGAGAUACUGAAAUUGCUUUUGGAUCGCGGUGCGACUCUACCGACGCCACACGAUGCCAGAUGUGGCUGUGACGAAUGCGUCACUUCCAGCGAACAGGACUCCCUCCGACACUCGCAAUCUCGAAUAAAUGCGUAUCGUGCGCUCACCUCGUCAUCUCUAAUUGCGCUUUCAUCGAGAGACCCACUUUUGACAGCCUUCGAGCUUUCGUGGGAAUUACGUCGUCUCAGCAGAAUGGAACAAGAAUUUCGUGCCCAAUAUAAUGAGAUGCGGGAACAGACGCAACAAUUUGCGACCUCCUUGCUGGACCACGCGCGUACGUCUUAUGAAUUGGAAAUAAUGCUGAACUACAAUCCCACUGGAGAGAAUUGGGAUCCUGGAGAGAGACAGACCUUGGACCGACUCAAACUGGCUAUUAAAUAUAAACAGAAGCAAUUCGUCUCUCAUCCGAACGUGCAACAAUUAUUGGCCGCUAUUUGGUACGAUGGUCUUCCGGGAUUCCGAAGGAAAAGUAUUUUGGCCCAAUUGUUGGAAGUCGGUAAACUUGGAGCAAUGUUUCCGGUCUAUAGCACGAUCUAUAUGAUGUCACCUACCUCGCAGAUGGGAUUAUUCAUGAAAAAGCCAUUCGUAAAGUUCAUAUGUCACUCCGCAUCGUAUGCUGUCUUCCUCAUGCUUCUCGGCAUGGCAUCGCAAAGAAUCGAAUAUCUGUUGAUCGAAGUAUUUGGCAACAAAUGGAUGCGGGAGAUUCUCGCUGGUUGGAAGAAACGAGAACGCGGUUGCGUACCGGGUUUCGUUGAGACAGGCGUGGUCAUUUACGUGAUAAGUUUGAUCAUCGGCGAAAUUAAAUCGUUAUGGGCAGACGGACUAAUGGAGUAUAUAUCGGAUCUUUGGAAUAUCGUAGACUUCAUUCAAAAUACCUUUUACGUAGUCUGGUUAAGUUUGCGAGUUACAGCCUGGUGGAUAGUGCAGAGAGAGUAUUGGAAUGGAUUAGAUCCGUGGUAUCCACGGGAUCAGUGGCAUGCAUUUGAUCCAAUGCUACUUUCGGAAGGAGCAUUUGCGGCCGGGAUGAUCUUCAGCUUUUUAAAGCUCGUUCACAUAUUCAGCGUGAAUCCUCAUCUCGGACCACUUCAGAUUUCCCUCGGGAGAAUGAUAAUAGACAUAAUCAAAUUUUUUUUCAUCUACACCCUCGUGUUGUUUGCUUUUGGUUGUGGUAUGAAUCAGCUGAUGUGGUACUAUGCGGAUUUGGAGAAAAUGAAGUGCUAUCAUAUGUCCGACGAAUUGCCGGAUUUCGAUAAUCAGGAAAAAGCUUGCUCGAUAUGGAGGAGAUUUGCCAAUUUGUUUGAGGCGUCGCAGUCUCUCUUCUGGGCAAGUUUCGGCAUGAUCGAUUUAAUGUCCUUCGAUUUGACGGGUAUCAAAAGCUUCACGCGAUUCUGGGCGCUACUCAUGUUCGGCUCUUAUUCUGUGAUAAACGUUAUUGUACUGCUGAAUAUGUUGAUCGCUAUGAUGUCUAAUUCUUAUCAAAUCAUUUCGGAACGAUCGGACACAGAAUGGAAAUUCGCCAGGAGCCACUUGUGGAUGAGCUACUUCGAAGAUGGCGAUACCGUACCGCCGCCGUUUAACAUGAUACCGACCAGCAAAACUUUUGAGAAGUUAUUGAAAUGUGAUAGUGCCGGUCGCUCCACCACAUCUUUCAUUAAAAAGUCUCGAGAAAAGGCCUUGUCCAGGCAUGACACCGUUGUGCGUCUGCUUAUACGUCGUUAUGUAACAGCUGAACAAAGGAAACGGGACGAAUUCGGUAUUACCGAAGACGAUGUUAGGGAAAUUCGCCAGGACAUUUCAUCCUUUCGGUACGAUCUAAUCGACAUUCUCAAGAAGAACGGAAUGCACACGCCAAUGCUCGACAAAGAGGACUCGAAUAUAUCUGGCAAAAAGGGCAGAGUGAUGGAACGUCGUCUGCAGAAAGAUUUCCAGAUCGGCAUAGUGGAGGGCAUCAUGCAGGCAGUCAUCCAGAGCGAGAAGGAGCCGAAAGAUGUGUUUAGUCAGAUCGCGCGAGCUAUCGGGCGUAAAGGAAGCGGUACUGGCAAGAAGGACUGGAACGCUGUGGUGAGGCAGAGUACCAUCACAACAGAUCCGAUUGGCAGCACGAACGAGGCAGUGCAACGCCAGUCCCGACGCAGUUUGCGUCGUCAACUGCGACACCAGCCGAACUCCGACUUGGCAUCCAUGGAUCCGAAUCGACUGGUAAAUUAUAAUCCGUACCUCUCCGAGUUCACGCCAGCCACCAGAAUUGCUUACGCCAAGUUCAUGAUGAGCAAGAAUAAGGUGGACGAACAACAAGAGGAACUUUCGGAAACAACCCAUGAGACAGUCGAGGCUCCUCGAAGAAGUAGCAAAGUUAUAAUCUCAGAAACCGCCACGCAACCGGACGCAAUGCCACGACACAUGACCGCAUCAUUCAAAAAGAGCUUACUAAAAUUCUCGAGCAGCGGCAGCGUGAACAAGCUGAUGGAGAAGACGCUCGAUACCCAAAUGAUCGAAGCCAGGUCUCCUUCGCCUAUACCUGAAGAUCCCGGAAAAGAGGAUGUCAGCAAGCAGCUCAGGUUAGCGCCAGUAAUAGCAACUGAUCAAAAGAAAAAAGUCGACAAGACAGACGCGAGUAAUAGGGAAAGUAUGCAGGAGCAGCAAAAAGACAGUGAAGAAACUAAUUCAGCGGAUGAGACAAAAGAAGAGGAGAAGAAAGAAGAAAAACUGAGACAUGAUGAUAUUAAAGAACAAUCUGAUAAAAAAGGGAACGACUAUAAUGGUGAAAAGGGAAUGAUAUCGGACAUGAAAGAGGAAAACGAAUCGGAAAUACAUUCCGAGUCUGACACGAAAGAAAACGAGCCAAUGGCUCGUUACCAUUCGCCGUUAACUACAAAAUUGCACGGCAAAUCAAAAGCGACCGGUCAGAUAAUGGGAGGAUGGAUCUAGAUUUCGGCGUUCGACUUAAGGAGACUGUAAGGCAAAACGAAUCGGAUAAGAAUCGAAAGAAUUAAAAAUGAAACUUGCAUUACGUAGAAUAAAACGGGGUAAUGGCGGUCACUUAAAUAGAAAUUCUCAUGAAACAGGUAAGAAAUGUGAGAUUCAAAAUCUGCUUGAUGCAAUAGAUACCUACAGGUAUUUACUAUAAUAUAGACUGAUGCAAAAAAUUCCAUAGAAAUAUAUAUCAGAGAAACAAAUGAAAAAGCGAAAAGUGAGAUUUGAUCGGGAUUACCUUGACUUCAGGUUAAUGCCGGUUAGCGAUGUUUACAAUGUAUAAAAUCAGAGAAAAUACACAUUUCACUGAAAAUCGAACAUUUAUACUAUAUAUCAUAUAAGAAGAGAUGACAAAGUUCUACGUAAUAUCUUGAAAUAUAAUAUCUUGGAAAAAUUGUUAAUUGUUUAUUAAUUUGCAUCGUAAUAAUAUCCAUCUAUGAUAUUUCAAUCAGUGCAAUUUUUAUGCGUCUAAGUCCACAAAAUCUGCAGCGGAAAACCAUAUUUCAUCAUCUCUACAAAAUUCUCGACAAAGAGAAUAUAAUCCUGGUUAAUGUCGGUCACUUCACUCAUGGCUAACCGGCAUUAUCCAAAUUACAUAUUUUCACAAAUAGAUUAGCCACAUAAUAACGAUCCAUCAAUGCAAAAAAACCUAUAUUCCUACCUAGGAUUGAGUAAUAACCAGUUGAUCAGUUAAAAAUUAAAUUAAAAAGUUAAUCAUUUUUACCUUAACUUAGUUAAAAUGAGUUAACUUUUAACUUAAAUUA